AUGGGGGUGCACGAAUGCCCUGCCCUGCUGCUCCUGGUUUCCUUGCUGUUGCUUCCUCUGGGCCUCCCAGUCUUGGGCGCCCCCCCACGUCUCAUUUGUGACAGCCGAGUCCUGGAGAGGUACAUCUUGGAGGCCCGGGAGGCUGAAAAUGUCACGAUGGGCUGUGCUGAAGGCUGCAGCUUCCGUGAGAAUAUCACCGUCCCAGACACCAAAGUUAACUUCUAUGCUUGGAAGAGGAUGGAGGUUGAGCAGCAGGCCUUGGAAGUCUGGCAGGGCCUGGCCCUGCUCUCAGAAGCCAUCCUGCGGGGCCAGGCCCUGUUGGCCAACUCUUCCCAGCCAUCUGAGACCCUGCAGCUGCAUGUGGACAAAGCUAUCAGCGGUCUGCGCAGCCUCACCUCCUUGCUUCGGGCACUGGGAACACAGAAGGAAGCCAUCUCCCUUCCCGAGGCAACAGCUUCUGCUGCUCCACUCCGAACAUUCACUAUUGAUACUUUGUGCAAACUUUUCCGAAUCUACUCCAAUUUUCUGCGAGGAAAGCUGAAGCUGUACACAGGGGAGGCUUGCAGGAGAGGGGACAGGUGA